AUGGAUAUGAAUAUAGACGGAGAACAGGUUGACAUCCUUGGAGUGUCCAACUUCGGACAGGGCGACCAAGCUAGUCAGGAUCAUGAUCAGGAUCAACUUGUUGACAAAGAGUCCAUCCCAUUUACAGGAGAACAAGAUCCACCACCCACCUUACUCGACCUGCUCCAAUCUUCUUCCCCGACGAUCGACUUCUCUAAUCCUUCUGCUGUCCAAUAUGUCGACCAGUUACUGUCCUUAUCCCUCCAUGAACUCCUUCGACAACCGCAACUCAUAUCCGCCGAAUCUUCGACAGUAGAAUCCGAUCUGACCAACCUCUGCUUUCGUGAAUAUCCCACUUUCAUUUCUGUGCACAAAUGCUCCUCCGCCGUCAGCUCGGCGUUCGAUGACUUUUCGGACAGUUUAGGUAAAUUGAUAGGUGCCAUACCCUCUUUGGAAGACGAAUGUAAGACAUUCACCAGUACUACAUCGAGUAUACAGAAUAUAAGGGGAAAAGCGACACUAGUCCAGGAGCAUCAAGAUAAACUGUUGGAUCUGCUCGAGCUUCCUCAGCUUAUGGAAACAUGUGUUAGAAAUGGUUAUUAUCAAGAAGCAAUGGAAUUACUCAAUCAUUGUCACUCAUUGUCAAAUAAAUACCCCAAAGUCGCAUUAGUCCAAGAUGUCAAUAGGGAAGUUGAAGGUAUAUUGCAGUUGAUGCUUGCCCAGCUGCUUGCUUUGCUUCGUGAACCCGUCAAACUCCCCGCUCUGGUCAAGACAGUAUCCUUCUUACGACGACUCGAUGCCAUGGACGAAAAUGGAUUAGGUCUGGUUUUCAUUUCCAGUAGAUACCACAACUUCCGUGCUCAGCUGCUUUCUAUCGACAGAGACAAAGGUGAACCAGUCCGGUAUCUUCGAAAAUACAUCGAUCUCUUCCGAGAACACGUCUACGAUAUCAUUGCUCAAUUCACUGCUAUCUUCCUCGAAACCUCACCAUCUGCCAUCGCAGGCAUACAUAUCACAUCCUUCGCCAAUCAAGCUAUCAAUGACCUCGUCGACCUUGUCACGGCAUAUAUACCGAGGAUAUCAACCGACUCUGCUUCAAUGUCUUCUAUCCUAGUUCAAUUAAGUUACUGCGCCAUGUCAUUUUCGAGAGUGGGAUUGGACUUUGCCCCGUUAAUAUCUGCGCCCUUCUCUUCAACAGUACUAGCGACAUUCUCUCAGGCAUUGGCAACCGCAUCGAACGACUUCUCCUCCAUGUUGCGAGAUUCAGCGAAAGCUGUGUUGCCACCUGCCCAGAUCCUUAUAACGGCAGAACAUAUACCUCAUAUCGUCUCCUCCUCCUCAUCACCUCCACCUCUACCCUCGGUAGAUUCGGUAUCUCACUACCCCCCUAUUGCGACCCUCGUCAACGCCUAUCUGACAGCAUUCAACAGCCUUCGUUUACUUGCACCUCUCGAGCUCCAUUCGCAGAUCAUUUCCAUACAUACAUCCUCUCUCCUGACAUCAACCAGUGUUCUGCUACAAUACGUCACUCAAGCAACAUCGUUCUCCGAUGAAUUACCGUUAUCUCCCGUGAAGAGUCGACCGGGUCACGGAAGAACCCCAUCUGCUCCUCGAGCUGAUCUGCUGCGGCGGAAUUCAGAGGUACAGAUGACACCUGAAGCCAGAGCAGCAAAGCGACGAGAGGCUAAGAGGGUCUGUGUAGCUAGUGCGGAUCUAUGGUGCCGGAUGGUAGUCCCUUUCUUAGUAGACAAGCUGAAUGAUGGAGUGUUUACCGAUCUCUCCUCACAGGAAAUUCCCAAAGAUUUAGCAAACAAGCUGCACGAGCUAGCGGGAUGGGUCAAGGCUAAUUCAGAGGGUUUGGAAAAGGAACCAGUGGUGAAUGGUAAUGGUAAUAGUGUCGAACCCAAGACUCCACCUCCACGAACUUUACCACUAGUCUCUUCGCCUGUCACCUUUAACUCACCUUUCUCAUCUUCCUCCAAGCUACCCGCUAUACCCCAUCUUGCAACUCCAACUCCGAAAAACACACCUCCUCCUCAAGCGCCUCACUCCGAUGGUAUCGACGCAGUCUUCGAUUCGCCCCAGCCCUCGGGACCUACUGGAAAUGCUACGCAUACGUCGGUACCUGAACCAGCGAACUUGAGAGAAAGCGAUACGCAUACGGUUGAGAACAUGGAAGCGCAGCUGGAAGCUAUGAACAUCGGUCUGACAGGUGAAGAAGCUGCUGUUGCGGUAGAAGUGAAGCACGCUUUACAUCAUCAGGAACCACCUACGCAUAUCCACGUCAAUCGCAAAAUCAGCGAAGAAAAGGUGAAGGUAGAAGAAGAUGAAGUGAAGGUAAAGGAUGAUGAAGUGAAGGUAGAAGAGGAUGAAGUGAAGGUGAAAGAAGAUGAAGUUGGGGCCGAAGAAGUUCCAGCAACCCAAAAGCCCAUUGAUGCCGUGAUCCACGAAGACAGAAAGGAAUCGCCGCCCCAGGCGGUUGUCAAUGAAAGUGCGCCUGGUCCAGUGGUGGACGAACUUCACGAAGCAACGGGUAGUUCACAUCAAAAAGAAAAUAGCAUGAUCCCAGACACCACCGAAACUUCCACCCAAUCACUUGAAGUACAAGACACAGGCUCGAUAACGCAAACAGAAACGGUACCUCAGGCGGUCAUCGAUGAGAGCUUACCGGGUCCUGCUGUUGAUGCUGUAGAAGUCACUGAUAUUGAUCCUCUGCCCGCCUCGGCUGCGUCUGGCAACGUAACCGUCACGCUUGCAACGGAAGACGAUCGAGCUCCUGAAGAAGCGAAUUCAGUCCCGGAGGAUGUUUCCGAUCCCCAGCCACCUGCGACAGGUCUCCCAAAAUCGACUGUCGAUGUCAAGCCACCCGUUGAAGAGGAUGUUUCUGCCCCCAUCACCAACGGGACUUCCUCGGAUCAGCAGCAGAUGACCAACAAGGGCGACGCAACAGAACUAGAUGAUACCGUUGAUCUCCCCGCCGAAACUACUCCUCAACCCGAAAAUAUCGAAUCAACCCCUACUUCAGCUGAUGCAUCCCGAGCACCAUCACCAGAUGCCACGGCUAAUAACACCUCGGCACCUGCACCAAGUACAUCAGGUGGUAAUUCGAAAAAGAAGAAGAAGAAGAAGGGAAAGAAGUGA